CACGUGCACUAGCGGAAGUUACGUUUGUUGUUUUGACGUCUGUUUCCGAGGCGUUCAGGGUCCGGACUGACUAGGCAGCUGUUUGUGCAUGUCUCCCCGGCUCCUGCUGCACGGCGGCGUUCCCAACCCCGAAUGAAGAGUAACAGGUAUGCCAAAGGAAAAAUAUGAUCCUCCAGAUCCCCGCAGAUGUUACACCAUCAUGUCAGCUGAGGAGGCAGCCAGUGGCAAGAAGUCUCACUGGGCUGAGCUGGAAAUCUCUGGGCGGGUGAGGAGUCUGAGCAGCUCUCUUUGGGAGCUAACCCACCUGACGGCGCUGCACAUCAACGAUAACAACCUGACUCGCAUUCCGCCUGACAUUGCCAAGCUGCCCAACCUGGUCUACCUGAACCUAUCAUCCAAUAAGCUCCGGAGUCUGCCCUCUGAACUGGGCAACAUGGUUUCUCUCAGGGAAUUACUCUUGAACAACAAUCUUUUACGAGUUCUGCCUUAUGAGCUUGGUAGGCUUUUCCAACUGCAAAAUCUUGGCCUAAAAGGGAAUCCUUUGUCCCAGGACAUCUUGAACUUGUACCAGGAAUCUGACGGAACCAGGAAGCUUUUGAACUACAUGCUGGACAAUCUCGCAGUUCACCCUGAGCAGCUUCCUCAAAGACCCUGGAUCACCCUGAAGGAACGAGACCCAACCACCCCCUCAGCUGUGUUCACAGUCAUGUGCUACAAUGUGCUGUGUGACAAAUACGCCACGAGGCAGCUGUACGGUUACUGCCCCUCCUGGGCCUUGAACUGGGAGUACAGAAAGAAAGGCAUCAUGGAGGAAAUCACUAACUGUGAUGCCGACAUCAUCAGCCUUCAGGAGGUGGAGACAGAGCAGUACUACACAUUCUUCUUGGAAAAUUUAAAGGCUCAUGGCUAUGACGGCUACUUCUGUCCCAAAUCUCGUGCCAAACUGGUGUCUGAACAGGAGCGGAAGCACGUGGAUGGCUGCGCAGUGUUCUUCAAGACACAAAAGUUUACUCUAAUUCAAAAACACACUGUGGAGUUCAAUCAAGUGGCCAUGGCCAACUCUGAGGGCUCGGAGGUCAUGCUGAACAGAGUGAUGACCAAAGACAACAUUGGAGUGGCUGUUCUGCUGGAGGUUAACAAAGACCUGUUCUCUGCUGGGUCAAAACCCCCACAGGAGAAGCAGCUGGUCCUGGUGGCCAAUGCCCACAUGCACUGGGACCCAGAGUACUCAGACGUGAAGCUGAUACAGACCAUGAUGUUUCUGUCUGAGCUGAAUAGUAUUGCUGAGAGGGCCUCUAGUUCCUUGACUGCCAGCCUGCCAGCUUCUGACCUGUCCGCCAUCCCCAUCGUCCUCUGUGCUGACCUCAACUCGCUGCCUGACUCUGGUGUGGUGGAAUACCUUAGCAGUGGUGGUGUGGCCGAGAACCACAAGGACUUUAAGGAGCUGCGCUACAAUGAAUGUUUGACCAACUUCAGCUGCAACAGCAAGAACGGCAACUCAGAUGGGAGCAUCACGCACAGCUUCCAGCUGAAGAGUGCCUACAACAGCAGCCUCAUGCCUUACACCAACUACACCUAUGACUUCAAGGGUGUCAUCGACUACAUCUUCUUCUCUAGGACACACAUGAGUGUGCUUGGGCUGCUGGGACCCCUCGACAACCACUGGCUGAUGGACAACAACAUCAUUGGCUGCCCCCACCCCCACAUCCCAUCAGACCACUUUUCCCUCCUGGCCCAGCUGGAGCUACAGCCUUCCCUCCCUCACCCACUCAACCCCAUUAACGGGCUGCACCUCCCGAUCCACAGAUAGUGCAGCCUGAGCGGGCCCCUCAGCUUUAAAACACUGCCCUCCCUGUACAGUUGACAACUCAUGCAAAGCCCCUGGGCCCCCUCUGCCCCCCAAAUCCAAACCCAAGACCAGUGAGGUAUUUGCUCCUGCCUCCCAAGUCAUUCUUUGUUUGGAUGUCUGUGUUUUUGGCCUAAAAUCAAACAAGCCUCCAGAUUUCCUGACAACUUAAGAAGGGUCAGCAGCUGUGUUCCGUCCCACAAAUCCCGCCACGAUUUCAUCAGCAUCAAGUCAUCAACAUCUCACUAACAAACAGGAGAAUCGGAUGUGGAAGAAAAGCUUUUUAAAUAGUGCAAUCAUUUUAAAACUAUUUUUAAUGAAAUUUUUUAAAGAACAA